UGUAUUUUUGAUACUUUUUAAUAUUCGAGACAGCGGACCCAAAUCAUAUUUCUUCAGGAUUGAAAAAAAAGCUCUAAAAAAAUUUCUGAAAUUUGGAAUGGACUUCGUAAAUUUGAAAGUUGCCGGGAAGGCAGUAACUCGAGUUGUAAAAAGAUGUGAUUUAGCUAAACAAAAUAAAAAAUUAGAUUUGUCUCAAUGUUUAUUGCAUUCCUUCCCCGAAGCAAUAUUUUUUAUCCUCAGGGAAACCAACUGUUUCGAUUGUAAUCUCUCUCAAAAUCUAUUAAAAUCGAUUCCGGCUAAGUUCGGCCUCAAGUUUAAAUUUUUAGUCAGUUUAGACUUGUCCAGGAAUAAUUUGACAACCCUUCCAGAAAGCUUGCGAGAAAUAACUCAACUGCGUCGAAUCGAUAUUUCUUGUAAUUCUUUCAACGAUUUACCCUCUGUGAUUUUUGGCUUCAAAAAAUUGACUCAUUUAAAUGCUCAACAGAAUUACAUCCAAGAACUGGAACAUAUAGAUGACCUAACUAAACUCGAACAUCUUCAAAUGGUCAAUUUACUUACCAAUCCUUUCAACGAAGUGACUUACAAAAGAUUAAAAGAAAUCAGGAAAUUUUUAAUCAUUCUUAGUCCGCAAGAAGAGACAGCUAGGCUACAUCGCCUGGAGCAACUUUAACAAAUAGAUUUUAUGAAAUUCAAUUCACUUUAUUUAUGACGCUUUAAAAUUGAUUUAACGCAUAUCCCUCCCCUUUUUAUCUUAGAUCUCAAUGAUAUCAAAUAUAAAUCCUGCAAAUUAUCACCCUUAUAGGGUUAUUUUAAAAUAACAUUUUAUUUAAAAAGUAUUAUUAUAAAUUUUAUAACUCUUAUUAGAUUAAUAUAAUAUACAACUUAA